AUGUACUCCGUAUUCUCGCGGAGCCGCAUUGAGUCGCUGUCCAGUGUCUUGAAGUCCCGGCCGGACAACGCUGUCAUUCUUGCUCUGAGAAAGCCAUUGGAGAGUCCUAAUGGUGACGAUGAAGCAGAGCUCACUAGGGAAGAGAUCGAGGCUAAGGCUAGAGGUGGGAUCAUCUCUUCUACUAAACUCUUCGUCCUUACCAGCGGUUCCCUUUGA